AUGAGCAACACAGAGCCUCAUCUUGUUGAAAUGAAGUGUCUGAUGAGCCAGCUAAUACAGUGGUUGAACAGAUGGGGUCGCUACGAAUGUGAAACAACAUACAAGUUUUACUUUGAGUCACUCCCCAUUCCACUGGAGUGCAGGAAGAAAGAAGGGGGGGUAUUAGUAAGUGGCUACGUGGUGCUUAACUUCCAGAUUGGAAUUAUUGGUGGAACUGGCCUGGAUGAUCCAGAUAUCUUAGAAGGAAGAACAGAAAAAUAUGUUGACACUCCUUAUGGCAAGCCAUCGGAUGCUUUGAUUUUGGGAAAGAUCAAAAAUGUGGACUGUGUGCUCUUAGCAAGACAUGGAAGGCAUCAUACAAUUAUGCCAUCAAACGUCAAUUACCGUGCCAAUAUCUGGGCAUUAAAAGAAGAAAAUUGUUCUCAUGUAUUAGUGACUACUGCCUGUGGUUCAUUACGAGAGGAAAUACAACCUGGUGAUCUUGUCAUAAUUGACCAGUUUAUUGACAGGACAACUAAAAGACAUUGUACUUUAUAUGAUGGGCAGCAUUCCACUCUCUCAGGAGUAUGUCAUAUUCCAAUGGCUGAACCGUUCUGCACUAAAACCAGAGAGGUUCUUAUUGAGACUGCCAAGAAACUGGGGCUCCAGUGUCAUUCCAAAGGGACAGUGAUCACAAUCGAAGGCCCACGUUUUAGCUCUCGAGCAGAAAGCUGCAUGUUUCGCAGUUGGGGAGCUGACGUUAUCAACAUGACUACAGUGCCUGAAGUGAUUCUUGCAAAGGAAGCUGGAAUGAGUUAUGCAAGUAUUGCCAUGGCAACGGAUUAUGACUGCUGGAAGGAACAUGAAGAAGCAGUUUCAGUGGAUAAAGUUUUAAAGACACUGAAAGGGAAUGCAAAUAAGGCUACAAGCAUACUCCUUACUGCUAUACCUCAGAUAGGCUCCAUGGAAUGGACCAGCACCCUGCAGACUCUGAAAACAAUGGUGCAGUGUUCAGUCAUCCUGCCAAAGCAGUAACAACCUGGAUGGACCUUGAAGUUUCAGUACUUUCAAGGAAGAGUGGAUCACUUUCGAACUUUCAGAGGUUAUAUCUUCAAAAAUUGUUACAAGCUUAAAAGAAUGGACUAAACAUUGACCAAUGAUCAUGUGUAAGGCUGCUGUUAAAUCUUUGUCGGUUUGAUCACAUAAGACUGUUAAAAUUAGAUUUUGAGUACAUUUUCAACUAUAAAUAGCCCUACUGAUAAACUGUAUCUUACAGUGCUCAGAGGAAAAAAAGUCGGUAACCUCUCUUCUGUCGUACCUUUUAACUGAUGAUAGAAAAGGAACAUCUAAGUAAUAUUGUUGCAGUUCCAUAAAAUAUGAUCUAAGAAAGCAGAUUCAUAGGCUAUUUUGUGUUGCUGUUUCUACCUCCCAUCUUUUCCUUCAACAAGGCACAUGGUUACAAUUCACUUUGGAAACAUAGUAGAAAUGUAACAGAAAAACUGGACUAACAAUUUCAAAUUAAAAUUAUACUAUUUUUCUACAUUAUCCAUAUUUUUUAUUCUAGUGGUUUUUUUAAAAGCAGUGUAUUUGUUUUGUGUACUAGAAGACAUGGUUUAAUAAUUGCGAUGGUUCUGUCACAGCAGCAGUUUUUUAAGGAGUGUUGGAGAUUGAAGUAAUGCCUAAACCAAAUUUGUGCUUGAAGAUGUACUUACAUGACUUACAGAACUGUACAGAAAAAGUGCUUUGCUGACAGUGUCCCAAACACUCCGCUGGCCAUUUUCUGUUUCAUUGAACAGCUCCGAUUUUAGUUCCUGUAUUAAGUGAUGAAUGUGCUUGAGUGGUUCGAAUGUAUGCAUUUCAAUUUUUUAAUACAGUUUUAUUUUAAUAAAAUAAUCUGCUACUCUUGUCU